UGUACCAUAUUCCUCAGGUAAAUAAGGAAACUCAACAGAUUAAAGCUCAAGCUGGUAUAUUGUUACAUGAACUUCACCAAGAAGCUCUGAAACAUGGGCUAGCAGUAUCUCUGUAUGUUUUCAAAUUCAUAUUUGCCUUUACUUGCCUUAUGUUAGAGAGUUGAAGGAUAUGAAGACUGUAUCAACUCAAGAUCAACAAACCUGCAGUAACACUGGAUCAAUAAGAGAUGAUCCUUACUGGACCUUUAGGAAGAACAAUUUAGAACUGAUAGAGCUUGAGAGCUAUCCAGUAUAAAUAAAGUUAGUUUAGUUUAGGUUUCCUCCUAUAGUAACACUGGAUCAAUAGGAGAUGAUUCUUAAUACUGGACCUCUAGGAAGAACAGUUUAGAACUGAUAGAGCUGUCCAGUAUAAAUAAAGUUAGUUUAGUUUAGGCUUCCUGCUGUAGUAAACUGGAUCAAUAAAAGAUGAUCCUUACUGGACCUCUAGGAAGAACAGUUUAGAACUGAUAGAUCAUCCAGCAUAAAUAAAGUUAGUUUAGUUUAGGUUUCCUCCUAUAGUAAACUGGAUCAAUAAGAGAUGAUCCUUACUGGAUCUUUAGGGAAGACAGUUUAGAACUGAUAGAGCUCUUGAAAUUAUCUUUCAGAUUCCCAUCAGUAGCUGGUGUUUCAUUGGGUGGUCUCAUAGCAACGGGAACACAUAGUUCUGGUGUGGGAUAUGGUAUCCUCGCAACUUACGUAUGUUUUAACUGUCUUCUGUCAUCAUUUAUGCAGCUCUUAUUCUUGUUUGACUAAGCAGUAAAGGUUGCAAUUACAUGAGAGUUUUCUCAUGUAAACUGUCGCAUGUUAACUUCCAUUGCUUGAUCAAACGAGAACAAGAGUUGCAUGAGAGUUGACAAGCGAGAGUUUACAUGAGAGUUUUCUCAACUUUCAUUGCUUGAUCAAACGAGAACAAGAGUUGCAUGAGAGUUGACAAGCGAGAGUUUACAUGAGAGUUUUCUCAACUUUCAUUGCUUGAUUGUGAUGAAGCAAAAUCAGGGCAAUUUGUUAGCGCUAUUUAACAUGAAAUUUCAGGUCACAGAAAUGACACUUAUGGAUGCUCAAGGAGAAAUUAUAAAAUGCAGUAGCAACAUGAACAAAGAAAUAUUUGAUGCAGCUAGGUGUCACUUGGGUGCAUUGGGGAUUAUACUGGAUAUAACGUGGCAAUGCGAGAAGCCGUACAAGUUGUGCUCGAGUCGAAAGGCGGGAAAGUUAGACGAGGUGAACAAAUAUUAUUUUUAUUUUUCCCUGACAAAGCUAGUUGUUUCUGAUCUAUUCAAAACUGUUCUUCUUAAAGGUGCAGUGUUACUACAGGAAGAAACUUGAACUAAGCUAACUUUAUUUAUACUGGAUAGUUCUGUCAGUUCUAAACUGUUUUUCCUAGAGGUCCAGUAAGGAUCAUCUCUUAUUGAUCCAGUGUUACUACAGGAGGAAAUCCAAACUAGACUAACUUUAUUUAUACUGCAUAGCUCUAUCAGUUUUAAACUGUUCUUCCUAAGGUCCAGUAAGAAUUAUCUCUUAUUGAUCCAGUGUUACUACAGGAGGAAACCUAAACUAAACUAACUUUAUUUAUACUGGAUAGCUCUAUCAGUUCUAAACUGUUCUUCCUAGAGGUCCAGUAAGAGUCUUCUCUUAUUGGUCCAGUGUUACUACAGGAGGAAACCUAAACUAAACUAACUUUAUUUAUACUGGAUAGCUCUAUCAGUUCUAAACUGUUCUUCCUGGAGGUCCAGUAAGGAUCAUCUCUUAUUGAUCUAGUGUUACUACAGGAGGAAACCUAAACUAAACAAACUUUAUUUAUACUGGAUAGUUUAUCAGUUCUAAACUGUUCUUCCUAGAGGUCCAGUAAGAAUCAUCUGUUAUUGAUCCAGUGUUACUACAGGAGGAAACCUAAACUAAACUAACUUUAUUUAUACUGGAUAGCUCUAUCAGUUCUAAACUGUUCUCCCUUGAGGCCCAGAAAUUAUCAUCUCUUAUUGAUCCAGUGUUACUACAGGAGGAAAGGUCUAAACUGUUCUCCCUAGAGGUCCAGAAAUUGUCAUCUAUUAUUGAUCCAGUGUUACUACAGGAGGAAACCUAAACUAAAUUUAUUUAUACUGGAUAGUGUUCUUCCUAGAGGUCCAGAUAGAAUCAUUGAAUGAAGCAUUCACGAUGUUUGAGACGAAAUUAAUAACUGGAUACUGUAGAAAUCAAGGCGAAUCCGUAACCGCUAUUCAAUGUUUCUCUGAUUUUAGUUGCUGGAUAAUUUGGAAAAUGAUGUCGUACAAAGUGAACAUUUUAAAUUUCUUUGGUGGCCUCAUACCGACAAUGUUGCUACCAUUAAUGUGGACAGGACCGAUAAGGUGUUUAAGAGUUUUCAGUGCCAUCGUUUAAGCCGGGGAAACCUGGAAUUUAAGCCUGGUUCACAUAUGCCUGCGGCAUGCCUGCGGCAUGCCUGCGACUGUAUCAUUAUGCCUCUACUUGCCGCCGAAAUACCGGCAAAGUUGAACUCAAGUCAACUUUCCCGGCCUACCGCUGAUGUAACUGUGGCACUGGAGGCAAUCGGCGAACAAAUAUUCACAUAAUUGACGUUUUAAAGCUACCACCGGCAUCGUCGCCGGUACGUCGCAGGCACGUCGCAGGCAUAUAUGUGAACCAGGCUUUAUACUUAAUGGUCUUCACAUCUUUUCAACAGCCUGUGAAAACAUCAAAGAGUUGGUUCUGGGAUUAUCUUAUUGGGUUUCAUCUUUUGCAGUUUAUGUAUUGGUUGAGGUGAGCCGAGGGCGGAUUUUCAUUUUUUUAAAAGGAGGGGUAGAAACAUUUCUGGUGGGGUGCAAGCGACACCGCUGAGCAAGCUUCGACAGGGGUCAGGCGUUAAGGUGAAAGACUUUCACACAAAAUGGGAGGGUUGAAGCAAAAUUUUGGCAGGGUUGAACACUUUGUAUGAGGGGUUAGGGAGAUUCUAGGGGGGUUAACCCCCUCCCCCCCCCCCAGUAAAUCCGCCCAUGAGGUUAGGUGAGCGUAACGCUUCGUCAACAUUCAGUACUAUCUACUCACGAUUUGUGUGGUUUGCAAGAGGGCUAUAGUGUAGGUAUUAAACAGUCUCGUAUUGUGUUAUAUAUCUUUUACUUUUCUGUAGUACAUUUUUCCCUUCGCUGGUGAAAUACAUCAAUAGAUAUCAUUUCUCGUGGUUGAAAUCACAGCCUGAAGAGAUCAUCGAUGAAGCCGAAAAGGUGAAAGGAAUGUCGGGUACUCCGGUUUCCUCCCACAGGGAAUGUUGACAGGGUGUGGUUGGGAUUAGCCCCUAAGUGUUCCUACUACCGUAGCUGCAUGUGCUCCGUGAUCGGACAUGAGUUCUAAGGUGGCUACCAGAGGCUCCCUUAGAAAGGCAUCGACUCCAUCAGGUUGAGCUGCGUCGCAAUUCAGCUUGGCUCUCAGCUGUAAGUAAGGAUUAUUAGAAAACCCACACUUGCUUGCUGGCUGGCUGGCUUGCUUGCUUGCUGGCUGGCUGGCUUGCUUGCUUGCUGGCUUUCUUGCUGGCUUGCUUGCUUGCUGGCGUUCUUGCUUGCUUGCUGGCUGGCUUUCUUGCUGGCUUUCUUGCUGGCUGGCUUGCUGGCUGGCUUGCUGGCUGGCUUGCUGGCUGGCUGGCUGGCUGGCUGGCUUGCUUGCUGGCUGGCUGGCUUGCUGGCUGGCUAGCUUGCUGGCUUGCUGGCUGGCUGGCUUGCUCGCUGGCUGGCUUGCUUGCUUGCUUGCUUGCUGGCUGGCUGGCUGGCUGGCUGGCUGGCUCGCUCGCUCGCUCGCUCGCUCGCUAAUUUCACCACUGAAAACUUGGCUUCUAGUUCGACUCUUCCAAACACGGCAGGAUUUUCCAGGAUGUAUACUGUGCUUUUAUCCUGUAGAAACACAGCAUGUUUUUCGUUUCGCUUCAGAUAUUUACUUUCGACUGUCUCUUCGCGCAAUACGUCAACGAGUGGGCGAUACCGAGGUUUGUGUGAAGCGAAUUAUAAGUUCGGAUUUUUAACUAGUGAACGUUUUUAGUUUAUACUGUUCCGUUGAUGAGAACAAUUGUUUAAAAUUUAGAGAGAAAACAGCGUAUGUGUUAAAACGUUUGAAGAAAUGGCUUGAUGAAUCCGGCUUCUAUGCUCAUAUGCCAGGUAUGGUUUGCAUUGGGCUUAUGUUAGGGAUGGAUCUAGCCUCAUUUGCAAGGGGGGGGGGUGCAGGUUUUCCAUGGGGUGGUGCAUGAGGGAGCCUUACUGCCCACUCUCCUCUGCAUUCUGCAACGCUACUACCCCAACAUUACCAUUAUUUGAGAUGGCCGAAUCUGCAUGUUCGCCGUUCUGUUAUGUUUUACAUUAUCUUUUGUUUAUAAAAUUUAUAUCGGCUUUUUAUCACGUAUGCGUGACUGGACAGUUGCUGUAGCACAGUACAGUACAUUUUCUUGUUAAAGUACAGUAUAUUUGAAAAUAUGGCUGUAUAACAACUUCGACAUGGUUACAUAUUUAACCAUGAUAUUUCACUUAAAGCAUUCUGAGUAUUUUCUCGUGAGCUCACAAAUCAAUUGAAUCGUUUCAAGAAAUCGACACGCGCUAACAGUAGAAGUUCCGUUAAUCGCUAUUCGAAAAGCAGAAAUGUAUAGUCAAUAUAUUGUAUUGUCACCGUACAAAUGUUCAAAUAACUUAUUGUUGUGUAUUCUCAAUGUGCUGAUUAUAAAGAUUCUUCUAUUUCGCUAUAGUCGAAGUAAGAUUUGUGGCGAAAGAUGACAUAUACAUGAGUCCUGCGUUUGGUCGAGAUGUGUGCUUUAUUGGUAUUAUUAUGUAUCGGUAAGUUAACUCUCUGGACAAAAACUAAACUGCAAAAGCCAUAUCAGCAGAUGCCGACCGGCCUAUAAUAGACAAUUCCCAUUAUAGACUAAUUUUAAAACUAGGCAAGGAGAUGCAACUAAAUCACCACAGCUAGAAAGAGAGUAGUAAAAUGAGAACAAUUGCAAAGUUUGGUUGUGAAAUGUUGUAAAAUACGGAAAAUAUAGCCCAGUUGCAAAGUUUCCAAAUUUUGUAUAUUUUUGUAUUGCGUGCGGAAAUCGCUGCCAUUUUCGGCCCAAAUGUGGCAGCAAUUUCCGCACGCAAUACAAAAGUGUACAAAAUUUGCGAACUUUGCAAAGCUAUAUUUUCUGCAUUUUACAACAUUUCGCAACCAAACUUUGCAGUUUUACUCAUUUUAGUAUGCUCUUUCCGAGAAUAUACUUUUUUUGCUAAGAUAAAAAAUGAGUCUAUAAUGGGAAUUGUCUAUUUCUGUCGUCGUGUGAUCACCGCAAAAGUGUCAAAAGUAGUUGAGAAUUAUGAAUAUACAAUUACUUUAUGGUUUCCGUGUUUGGAUGGCCUGAUCCAAACACGCGGGAAUGUUGCGAGGGUUAAGAAAAGCGAGCGAAAACACGAGCCGAAGGCGAGUGAUUUUGCCCGCUUUUCUUAACUCGAGCAACAUUCCCAAGUGUUUGGAUCAUUCCAUCCAAACACGGAAACCAUAAAGUAAUAGUUUUAUAAAAUAACAACAACACGAUAGUCUUCCGUGUUUGGAUGGCCUGAUCCAAACACGGGUUUCGACCAAUCAGAAUACGCGUUAUAUACAUGUUAUUUUAUAAUCAUUUUUCCUUCCAGUCCGUAUCGUAAAUCUGUACCGCAUGAAGAUUUUUGGAAUUUCUACGAAGAUCUUAUGUUCUCCGUUGGUGGCCGACCACACUGGGGCAAGGUUUGUUCAAUUUGUUUCAUUGUUUUGAAAAUCCCACUGUUCUCCAUGCCAUCCAGUCACGAUCCAGUGAUCAGAAUGUUCCAUUGUCUUUUCAUUGUUUUGAAAAUCUCACUGUUCUCCAUGCCAUCCAGUCAUGAUCCAGUGAUCAGAAUGUUCCAUUGUCUUUUCAUUGUUUUGAAAAUCUCACUGUUCUCCAUGCCAUCCAGUCAUGAUCCAGGGAUCAGAAUGUUCCAUUGUCUUUUCAUUGUUUUGAAAAUCUCACUGUUCUCCAUGCCAUCCAGUCAUGAUCCAGUGAUCAGAAUGUUCCAUUGUCUUUCAAUUGUUUUGAAAAUCCCACUGUUCUCCAUGUCAUCCAGUCAUGAUCCAGUGAUCAGAAUGUUCCAUUGUCUUUUCAUUGUUUUGAAAAUCCCACUGUUCUCCAUGCCACCCAGUCAUGAUCCAGUGAUCAGAAUGUUCCAUUGUCUUUUCAUUGUUUUGAAAAUCUCACUGUUCUUCAUGCCAUCCAGUCAUGAUCCAGUGAUCAGAAUGUUCCAUUGUCUUUUCAUUGUUUUGAAAAUCUCACUGUUCUCUAUGCCAUCCAGUCAUGAUCAAGUGAUCAGAAUUUCCAUUGUCUUUUUUUCAUUGUUUUGAAAAUCCCACUGUACCCCAUGCCAUCCAUCCAGUCACGAUCCAGUGAUCAGAAUGUUCCAUUGUCUUUUCAUUGUCCCCUUUUUUCCCCACAGGCUCACAAACUUGGUUCCCAGGCUUUGAGAAAAAUUUACCCAAAUUUCGACGACUUCCGGAAUAUUUGCUCCAAACUCGACCCAGGCCGCUUGUUUGUGAACGAGUACUUGGAGAGAACUCUUUUCCCGCCAGAAAAGGUAAUGACGUAAUUGUCCCGUAAUUAUUCGUCGUACACUCGCGAAACACGCAAGCGAGAACAAACUAGAUUCUUAUUAUAAAACAUUUGUUGGACCAUAUUUAAUAGUUGCACAGACAUUAUUUCGUGGUCAUGUUUCCCAAAAUUGGGCAUAUCAGGAAACAUUGUUUCCCAACCAUGUUUCUCAAAGGUGGAUAAACCAGGAAACAACAUUGUUUCCUAGCCAUGUUUCCCAAAGGUGAACAAACCAGGAAACAUGGUUUCCUAGCCAUGUUUCCCAAAGGUGUACAAACCAGGAAACAUUGUUUCCUAGCCAUGUUUCCCAAAGGUGAACAAACCAGGAAACAUUGUUUCCUAGCCAUGUUUCCCAAAGGUGAACAAACCAGGAAACAUUGUUUCCUAGCCAUGUUUCCCGAAGGUGGACAAACCAGGAAACAUUGUUUCCUAGCCAUGUUUCCCAAAGGUGGACAAACCAGGAAACAUUGUUUCCUAGCCAUGUUUCCCAAAGGUGGACAAACCAGGAAACAUUGUUUCCUAGCCAUGUUUCCCAAAGGUGAACAAACCAGGAAACAUUGUUUCCUAGCCAUGUUUCCCAAAGGUGAACAAACCAGGAAACAUUGUGCAUUGACUCCAUCGAGAAUUCUAGCUUACUUGCACAAGAUUAUUCCAACAAGUUGAUAUUUUUAUGUCUUAGACUGCAAUGGGCUUUGUAAGCAGAGAAAUAUAUAUAAUGGGCGUGUAGUAGUAUUAUUUAUUAAUAGAACAGAUUAUUGUAUUUUAUAUAUAAUAGAAGAUAAUAAUAUACCAA